AUGUUUUUUAACUAUGUUAAAGAAAAGUUUAAAGGCCAGACAUCCCUGGUGAUAGAUGCUGAAAAAAUAUUUAGAGAAGAGCAUGAUCUCUUGGAAGCUGGUCAAGGAUUGGCAUUCAAUUGGUAUAG